AUGAAAUUUUGUUUUUCUCUACUUAUUUCAUCUAACUCUCUUUCUCUCUCUCUCUCUUAUCUGUUAUCUUCCUCUCUUCCUCACUCUCUUUCUUCCUCUCUCUACUUCUCUCUUUCCACCUCUCUCCUUCUCUCCUAUCUUCCUCCAUUACUUUGCUUCUCUAUCUCCCACUCUCCUCCCUUACUCUUUCCACCUCUCUCUCCAUUUCCUUCUCUCCAGCUCUCCUCUUUCUCCCCAACUCUUUCUCUCUCUCUCUCCACUUCUCUCUCCCUCCAACUCUUUCCCUCUCUCCACCUCUCUCUCCUUUUUUCUCUCACUCCCUAUACUCUCUCACUGUGCACUCACAUCACAGAUAUAGGAGUUGGUUAUUUAUCAACCAUGACGUCAUUGAUAAAGCUCUACCUGCGGUGGUGUACACAGGUGCGGGAUUAUGGCUUACAGCAUUUGUAUUCUAUGCGAAACCUUCGCGUCUUAUCUUUAGCCGGCUGUUCCCAAGUGACCAGUCAUGGCCUUUGUGGAUUGGUCAAUUUGCGUAACCUUGAGGAACUUGAGCUGACCAACUGUAAUAGUGCUGCUGUAGAUUUAUGCCAAUAUUUACGAGACAACAUCCCUGGUUGUUUGGUUCUGGAAUAA